AAUGUCGUUACAGUGGCUGACAUGCAUGGGCGCUAAUAUCUCUCUGAAAAUUAAUACGUUUAAUUAUGUAUUAUGUCCAGUCUAGUAUUUUUCUUCAUGAUGGUCUUAAACGUAAUAACACACGUUGCGUUUUUUUAAUUUCUAGGGAAACACGCAAGUUAGCCAAUGAGGGCAGGAUGAUAUGUUGUUGCGCCAGAAUCAGUUAUUAGCAAAUACACAGGCCUUAUUCUGUUUGUAUGACCUUAAUUCAUUCGUAUAAUAAGCAUUUACCAGUACUGUGAUCAGCAAGAGGGUUUAACGCUUCGUACACUCGCAGUAACACGCCAUGGAUCAACAUGACCACAGAGACCAGCAGCAGGAGGAGUCCGUUUCUAAAAGAUCCAGUGACUCCAGCAGCGAUUAUAACACUCAGAAACGACACAGAGCUUCUGGUGAGCAACACCAGACUCUGUCCACUCACAGACAGCGAUAUGAGAGGAACUUCCCCUUGUACAAGCAGCCUGUGGAGGUGGGCUUCUUCUCUCUGGACUCCAAGAGGAACUUCUUCAACGAUCAGCGGCAGCUGAGAUAUUAUGUUCAGCCUAAAAAAAGUCCGGAGUUCAAUUUAAGGGAUGGAUACACCAACCGCUUCAUUAAAAGGGACGACGGAGUGAAAGAGAAGCUUGAUCAUAUACUGAAGUGGAUCCUGGAAAACAGAGACCAGAUCCAAAUCAGAGACUCGCAAUCAUCGUCCAGCUGUCCUUUAGGUGUAGACUUUGUGACAUGGAGAGGACACUUAACCAAGGUGCUGACCACCCCAUAUGAGACUCAAGAGGGAUGGAUGCUGGCCGCAUCCAGGUUUGGAGGCACCAUCUACAUCAGUGAGGUGGAGACAGAAGCCGCACGAGUGAACCGAGAAAACCGCUCAGAACGACAUGAGGAGAUGAUGUACUGGGGUUACAAGUUUGAGCAGUACACAUGUGCAGAUGAUGUUGAUGGCGCUCCAGACCCAGGGGGAGUCGUGAACACAAAUGAGGCAUUCUGUACGGUAGUUCAGACCCGUUUGGCCGAUCACAAGCUGCUGUUCUCUGGGGAGGUGGACUGCCGCAUCAAAGAUUCUGACGCUCCUCCGGCUCCAGCUUGUUAUGUAGAGCUCAAGACCUCUGCAGAGAUCUGUACCCCGAAACAGCGCAGCAACUUCCACAGAUACAAGCUGCUGAAAUGGUGGGCACAGUCAUUUCUUCCUGGGGUGCCGCAGAUUGUCGCUGGGUUUCGAGACCAUGAUGGGAUAGUGGUGUCUGUUGAGGCAUUCCAAACCUCGAAAAUAUCACAACUGAUCAAGAAUGAGUAUAACUGCUGGAAGCCAACAGUCUGCAUGAAUUUCUGCAAUGAUUUCUUGUCCUUCGUCAAAUCAGUUGUCCAAGAAGAUGACCCAAGGUUGGUGUACCUGUUUAGAUGGGAUCCUCACAGAGAUGUGACCUACACAGUCCACAGAGACUCUCAGUACACUUUCAUACCAGAGUGGUAUGUGCAGGACACGAGGAGUCACCACUCAUCUCAACACUGACAAACUGAACUCAAUUGGGCAUACUGAAUUUACACAGUUUUUUUAUGCAAGGCAUGAUUGUAGAGGAUUUUACAGAACUUGUUUUUUCUCUGGAUGGUUUUACCUAAUGGGGGGGGUUAUAUGUGUUUAUUGAGAUUUGCCAUCAAAAUGUCUGUCGAAAUGUUCAUUUUUGAAAGAAUCAUGAAAUGUAGUUAGAAACAGUUAUGUGAAGUCUAAUACAUGACUUAAGUGUCCUAGCUUCACACUCUCUUGGAUAAAGAUGCAGCUCUGUUAUCAUCGCAGAGCAAAGAAAUGACUCCCAACAGGAUUUCCUCCCAAACUACCUUUUAUUAUCUUUGCCCGGAUGUUUGCAAUUCAAUUAACCAUGGCAAAAGGUUCCACAAACUAAAGUACAAAAUAUAUGCAAAAAAAAAAAAAAAAUGAAGUGAUGUACAAAGCCAAAGCUGCAUUUGAAUUAUGUAAACCGUGUUAGUUUUUCUUAUUCUGUAUGGUCACAAACCACAGUUUCAUUGCAACAGAGCAGGUAAGACUUCAGUAAGCUAGAGUGUUUCUCUCAGUAACAGCGAAUUUAAGGCAAGGAUGGUAUAGAGGUAGACCGGUUUUUCCUAUUAAUCAGUGCCAAUAGUUGCUUUGGAACUAUCGGUUCUAGGCAAAAAUCUAUGUCGAUAGUUGACAAUAGU